ACUGCGGACACAGACAUACAGGAGAUGACCAGAGACUGCGGACAUAGUACAGGAGAUGACCAGAGACUGCGGACAUAUACAGGAGAUGACCAGAGACUGCGGACACGGUACAGGAGAUGACCAGAGACUGCGGACACAGUACAGGAGAUGACCAGAGACUGCGGACACAGUACAGGAGAUGACAAGAGACUGCAGACAGUAGUACAGGGGAUAACCAGAGACUGCGGACAUAGUACAGGGAUAACCAGAGACUGCGGACAGUACAGGGGAUAACCAGAGACUGCGGACAGUGCAG